AGUUGCUCUGCCCAGUUGGCUUUGUCUCGCGUAGCUGGCGCUCGUGCAAGAGCUGCAAUGCGAGUUCUAUUGCUCGCCGCAGCUUUACGACAUGCGAGUCGCACAGCUCACGGUCUUAGCCUUGCCACGCAGCACCGUCGGCGCGUGUUGCGUGGAGUGCUACGGCAGGAGCUGGAGGGCCAGCACCGCGCGCGGGUAAAUUUGGAGGCGGAACUCGAGCGACGACGCGACGUACAGGACGUCGACGACGGCGAGGCACAUAAAAAGGAGUACGCGAAAGCCGUCAAGCGCGCCGCGGCCGUGCCGCGGCGACUCGUCGAAGUAACGCGCCGCGGCGAGCAACUCGAGGCCUUGCUCGAGCGAUCGCGCGGCGCGACAGAGGACGAGGUCAAUAAUCUAUAUCAAGAGGUCGCGGACGAAUUAGCUGACAAGCUCGAGACGUUCGACGUGGACGCGGCCGCCCGCGACCAAUUUGGCCGCCCGGCGGGCUUCGAUGGACUCGUAAUCGCGAGCCCGCGUGGCGUUCCCAUUUUGGUCGCGCGCCGCUCCUUCAGCGACGAGCUCCUGCGUCGCGUCGGCCGCGGGACGGACCUCUGGUUCCAGUGCGUCGAGGGCCGCGGCGGGUCGCGCGUGCUCCUGCGGACGUCCUGCGUGCCGUCGCUCUCGAAGAGCCCGCGCGAGUGCAUGGAAUUCGCCGCGGACCUGGCCGCAUACUUCGGCGGCGGGGCGCGGGGCGACGACGCCGUCGAGGUCAUGUAUACGGACUCGCGGCGAGUCGCCAAGCGCGGGAGCCGUGUCGGCCAGCUCAAGCCGAAGAAGCGUCUGGGCACGGUCUGGGCGCGGCCGGGCCGCGUCGCCGACGCCGCGCGGGAGGCGCAGGAGGACCAGGGAUUUCUGUGAUCUGUUAGUAACGACAUAGUGUAUUUUA